UUCUGGGGUUUGGAUCUCUCUUCUCUUGAACUGUUCUUUGCUGUAUUGACGCUGUGCUUUUUUUGGAAAUAAAAUUAUUUAAUUGAUUGAAGUCUUUUUUGGGUUGGAAUAAAACUUAGGCAAAAAUUUGCUUGGUAGAAAAACCUCACUGAGAUUUGAGCUCUCUCUCCACAUAUUUUUUUGGUGCAACGGCCGGGAACCAGGCCGCCUUCAAUUUGCUACUUGAAUUCUAAUUUUGGUUUGGAAGUGCUGUUCAAAUGUCCGGAAGAAUUAGACGAAACCUGAACGCUGCCUUGAAAACCAUUCAAGAGCAUACUGCCGAGGCCAAUCGAAUUAUUGCUGAGGAAAAUGAUGAGGAUACUCGCAGAAAGCUGAAACUGGAAAAAGCCCAUAUUGAGACCACUAUUGGAAGGAUUGAGGAAUUGGAUGCCCAAUGGAGUGAUUAUGUGACAAGCUUAGAAGGGCCGCAAAAAAUGGCUGAGGAGUCGCUAUAUCUGGAUUUUCCGCCCCUAUGUGCUGGUAUGGAAAGGGAGGAAGGGCAGGAAGUACCGUUAGCUCAACGUCAUUUUGUGGAUCAAUGCGAAUUUGCCCGUCAAGUUGUUGUGCUAAUUGAACAAACCAUGGAGGAUCUUGGCCAGUCUAGAAGCGGUUCACGUCAAUCUGCAAUGAGCGAAGUGUCAGAUAACCGAACCAAUGACCUUGGAAACCAAAAUCGGAGGGCACAAGGAAAUCAAAGGCCGCAGCCGCCUACAGUGCAGAUGCAACCGCCUUUUAUGGCGCAACCCCGUGCGAAGCUCCCUCCAUUGCAUUUGCCUCACUUUUCGGGAGAAACCAGAGACUGGCCUACCUUUUGGCAACUUUUCGAGUCAACUGCCCGUACAGAAUGUAGUGGCUGGAUACUUACCUACGAAUGA